AUGCGCCGCAAAACCACUUUAGCCUUUUUUUGCGUGUGUUUGCUCUGUUUGCAUCUGAAGCUCCGACAACAAACUCGCAACUCGCCAGUGGCAGAAGACAAUUUGAUAUCUCAAGCUGUCAAGCUGCGGGCUGAGGGAAGAGAGAAGAAACCUGCCCAACUACGGCAACCAAUUGACCAACGCUGGUUCUUCAUGGCCGAUGCCCCGUCACAGCUGCCGGCAGGCAACUCGCUUCCUUCUGGCGCCGGAUUCCAGAAUGCAGAGAGACAGAACAAUGGAGAAACACCGCAAGACAGGCCAGCUGUCAUGCAGGAGAACACUCAUCCAGAAUCAAGCUCCACCCCUAAACUCGGUGCCAGUUUUCCUCCUCCGCCGGCUACAGCUUCAACCACCUCCCGUGGUGUCACUCCGUCUGUGGACAACGAGACUUUAGCCAAUAAACACCACGAUAACAGGGACAUCAUCAUGAGCGGUGGCUAUGAAACAAGAGGUACCUACCGGGGGAAUGGCGCGACUGGUACUGCCGGGGUUGCCAAUGUUACCCCUCAACCCCAGGCUACGGGUGCGCCUGCACGAAUAUAUAUGAACGAAAAGAUUGUACCAUAUCUUCUGGAAGGGAUGAAGAUGGUGGCCAAGGAUCAGUGA